AUGGCAGCACGGGCACAGUCGCUGGGCUUUAAGGACCUCCAGCUGAAGCUGCUGCUGGCGGAGGCUGCCCUGCCCGCCCCCUUCUCCAUGAUGAUGGGCGCUGCUGGCGCUGGGGAGGAGGGGGAGGAGGGGGAAGCGGAGGGGGGAAGUUGGGGGGAGAGCGGGGGGGGAUUGGGGGAGAGAAAACGAGAAGGAAAGGAGGUGGAGGGUGAGGAGGAGAGGGAGGAGGGGAGACGAGGAGGAAGAGUGGAGGGGGUGGAAGGAGGGGCUGCAGGGAGUGGAGAUGGGAAGGGGGGUGGAAGGGGAGAGGAGGGAGAUGAGGAGGGGGUGAGAGAGGUGGGAGAGGAGGAGAGGGUGGAGGGGGAUUUGGAUAGUGACGAUGAGAGAAGGAGCAGCGCUCUUAAAGCCCUUCGAGGGCCCUUUCUGGCUGAGGAGGUGCGGGUUCGAACGCUGUGGGUCCGGCUAGUCUACACCACACUCAACAUGGUGGACAACAUAAGGAGUGGAGAGGGGUACGAGGGAGUUGUGUCAGCAGACGGUUCUCAGCCGCCUGACCCUACCGAUGGGUUUGUGCAGCAGAACGUCAAGGCAGCAUUUGACCAAGGCAGGGACUACAACUUCGUACGGAUGGAGCAGGAGGCCCAGGCAACACCAGUGCCGCCCUCCAUAGCCACCCUGCAGCAGAUCCAGCUGCUGAUCCUGUUGGCACUUUCCAAAGGCAUGGCUGCUACUGCAUAG